UUACUGACUGGGCCAACGAUACAGCAGCAUACACUGGUGUUGGCUUGACAAGUCUGUGGCCAACUCCUGUGUUUCGUCGUGAAUUGUAGCGUGUUCUUGCUACAAACGAGAUUUAUGUAUAAUUUUUUGAAUGGCAACAAGAAUGGGAGAUUAGGAUUGAAAACAUUUCGGCGCGGCGUUCUUCAGAGGAAAAUGAUUCUUCUUUUCGUGGUGUUGGAUAUUUUUUUGUUGUUGUUGCCUGUAGCAAUUUCAUUGGCUGUUGUGGACAUUUUGGAUUCAUUUUAAUGUUCCUUUUUUAAAAUAUUUUUUAAAUAUAUAUAUUUUUUUAACCCAAAUAUCUUAUCAAAUCGAAUACUUGUGUGUCCCCCGUUUUUAUUUUAUUUUAGUCAUACUUUUUGUUUAUUGUCUGACACACUGGACGGUGUUUUUCAGCGAGACGCAAACUCGGUUGCUAAACAACUUUCGAUGGGGAUUGGUCUCGCGCGAAAGAAUGCGUUCGCUAACUGGUUAGCUAGCCAGUUAUCUAGCUAGCUAACGCUACUUUGAGUGGAUGUUUGAAGGGGAAAACGUAGUCGGCCAGCGAAUUUAUACAGUUUAAAAGUUUCGUGUUUAAAAAAAAGGCAAUUUCUGGACUAUAUUAACUAAUUCGACAUCAUUUUACGAUAAGCACCUGUGCUGCUGUUGGGUCUCUCACCUGCCAUCAGCUGGGAUCCAGGGGCCUAGGUCAUAAAUGACAAGUGCCUGAGGAUGUCGAGCAAGCGGAACCUGUUUGUGCGUCUGGUGCCGUGCCGCUGCCUGCGGGGGGAGGAGGAGGCGGUGACGUCUCUGGACUACUCCCACUGCAGCCUGGAGACUGUGCCCAAGGAGAUCUUCAGCUUGGAGAAGACCCUGGAGGAGCUCUACCUGGACGCCAACCAGAUCGAGGAGCUGCCCAAACAACUGUUCAACUGCCAGUUGCUCCACCGGCUGAGCAUGCCAGACAAUGACCUCACGGUGCUGCCUGCGGCCAUCGCCAACCUCGUCAAUCUCAGGGAGCUGGACGUCAGCAAGAACAGUAUCCAGGAGUUUCCAGAAAAUAUCAAGAACUGCAAAGUCCUGGCUAUCGUUGAAGCGAGUGUGAAUCCCAUCUCCAAGCUCCCAGAGGGUUUCACCCAGCUCCUCAGCCUGUCACAGCUCUACCUGAAUGACGCCUUCCUCGAGUUCCUUCCAGCCAGCUUCGGCAGGUUGACUAAACUGCAGAUCCUGGAGCUGAGAGAGAACCAGUUAAAGAUGCUGCCAAAAAGCAUGCACAAGCUCACCCAGUUGGAGAGGCUGGACUUGGGGAGUAACGAGUUCACUGAAGUGCCUGAGGUAUUGGAGCAGCUCACUGGAAUCAAAGAGCUGUGGAUGGAUGGAAACAGGCUGACGUUCCUACCAGGGAGGCUGGGCACUCUGAAGCAGCUGUCCUACCUGGACGUGUCCAAGAACAACCUGGAGAUGGUGGACGAGCAGAUCUGUGGCUGUGAGAGCCUGCAGGACCUGCUGCUCUCUAACAACGCACUCACACAGCUGCCCGGAUCCAUAGGCUCCCUGAAGAAACUAACUGCUCUGAAAGUGGAUGAGAACCAGCUCAUGUAUCUUCCCGACUCUGUCGGAGGGCUGGCAGCCCUGGAUGAGCUGGACUGUAGUUUUAACGAGAUUGAGGCUCUGCCCUCCUCCAUCGGACAGUGUGUCAGCAUACGCACCUUCGCCGCUGACCACAACUUCCUCACACAGCUGCCCCCAGAGAUGGGCAGCUGGAAGAGUGCCACCGUGUUGUUCCUGCACUCCAACAAGCUGGAGUCUCUGCCCGAGGAGAUGGGAGACAUGACCAAGCUCAAGGUCAUCAACCUCAGUGACAACAAGUUGAGGAAUCUUCCCUACAGCUUCACCAAGCUCAACCAGAUGACUGCUAUGUGGCUGUCUGAGAACCAGUCGAAGCCCCUCAUCCCUCUGCAGAAGGAGGAGGAUCCAGAAACCCACAAGACAGUUCUCACCAACUACAUGUUCCCCCAGCAGACCAGGACAGAGGACUACAUCCCCAGCUCUGACAGCGAGAGCUUUAACCCCUCCCUGUGGGAGGAGCAGAGGAAGCAACGGGCCCAGGUGGCCUUCGAGUGUGACGAGGACAAGGAUGAGAGGGAGACGCCUCCGCGGGAGGGCAACCUGAAGCGCUACCCGACACCAUACCCAGACGAGCUGAAGAACAUGGUGAAGACGGCCCAGUCAGUCGCCCACAGGCUGAAGGAGGACGAGUCAGGCAACGAGUCAGGGAAGGAUGCCAGACCUAGCGAGCGUAACCAUGUGGGAGUGCAGGACGUGGGAGUCAAGGUGAUUGAGGCUCCCUGUGCCAACGGCAAGCCAGUGGAGAUGGAGCCCAAAGCGCCUGUCUGUGUCCAGGACUCCACGGCACCCCUGGAGACCUCUGAAUCCUACAACUCCCAGAAGACCUCUCUCCGAACCUCCGACAACACCAGGACCAUGAACCAUGAGGACACCCUGGAGUCUUUUUCUCUGCAGGACUCCGAGGAGCUUUCGUCUGAGGAGGAGGAGAUGAAGAUGGCGGAGAUGAGACCUCCUCUGAUCGAGAUCACCAUCAACCAGCCCAAAGUGGUGGCCCUAAGUAAGAACAAAAAAGAUGACGGUAAAGACGCUGACUCGUUGCUGGACGAGACGGUGGCCAACAGCAAUCAGAACAACAGCAACUGUUCGUCCCCGUCGCGCAUGUCGGACUCUGUGUCUCUGACCACGGACAGCAGCCAGGACAACUCCCUGUGCACCCCCGAGAGAGAGGCCAAGAUGCCCUUCCUACCCAAAAGCAGGCAAGAGGAUGUAAACAUGAACCAGCGUAAGGAGAGCACCCCUCUCCUCCAGAACGGCAAUGGCUCAGCCACGUCCCUGCAGGCCCUCCUGAAGACCCAGCAGGGCUACGAGUCCAAGCCCGAGAAGAUGGUGGUUGACUACGAUCUGUCCAUGGAGAGGCUGGCCUUCAUCGAGAAGGGCAACAACAACGGCAUGGGUGACGCCUACACCAAGUGGGACCAGAUCAACAUGAAUUUGGCCAAGCUGCCGCCUCAGCCGGACAACAUGGUGGUCCAACCGGACGACCGCCCGAACGGCUCAAGCGCCAAGGUGGACUUUAACCACUUGCCUCCCCCAUAUAACAAUGACAACUCUACGGCGCCCAUCACGGACCACUUGAAGAACGGCAACCAGCUGGGCGACCACUUCAAUAGCCACUCCAGCGAGGGACUGGCUGUGUCGCCUAUGAGGGUGGACUCUGCCACGUCGAUGGUGCGGACGGCUUCUGCGGGCGUGACGGCCAGCAGCAACAUGUCUCUGUCUCGCAGCACUGAGGAGCUGUCCCCGGAGAAACGAUGCUCCCCUCCUGUAGUGGCAAAGGCUCAGAGCAUCACCAACAUCGAGGCCGGGGGGAUGAAGCUGUACUCCUUGGACGCUGAGGGGGGCUCCUAUGAGGGUGGCGUUGUGGGCAGGAUGGCCGGAGCCGGCCCGGGGGCCCAGGGCCAGAGCAUCGUCCGCAGCAAGUCAGCCUCCCUGCUCAACGACCAGCCCUUCCAGGUCUACUCCGGUUCCUCAGCUUCCUCCUCCGAUCUGCUCUCCAGCUCCUCCAAGCCUCUCGUCAGCACCGGCCGCUACCCCGUCCCCUCUGGCAUGGCCAUGGGCCCGCCGCCCCAGUACAACGUCCAGUACUCCAGCAGCACCAUGCCCAAAGACGGCCUAUGGACCCAGAGGACCCCCGUCCUCCCCGACCAGGGCUUCCUUCCUCCGCCCCAGCAUUCUCUGGCCAACACCAACUACUCCAACCGCAACCAGGCUCCUCCCUACCUCCUCCAGGCCCAGCAGAGAGGCCCGCCCACGGGGCCCACGCACGGUGAUAUGUGGGCUAAGGAGAGACACCUGCCACUCGUAGGUCAGCCACGGAGCGGCACCCUUCAGAGGCAAAGCAGCAGCAGUUCCUCCAUGGGGGACCCCCGGCGCAUGCAGGUGCCCGAGGGAGAGUACAUGACGUACAGGGACAUCCACACCCUGGGCCGGGGGCCGCUGGCCGUGGCUCAGGCCAUGCAGAGGCCUCUGUCGGCCCGUACCUACAGCAUUGACGGGCCCAGCACCACAAGGCCCCAGAGCUCCAGGCCACAGCCCCAUGAGCUGCCCGAGAGGACCAUGUCAGUCAGCGAUUUCAACUACCAGCACGUCAGCCCCAGCAAGAGGCCCAACGCCAGGGUGAAGUCUGAGCACUCGUUGCUGGAUGGGCCGGGAGGACCGGGAGCAGGUGGAAGGGUACCGGUGGACUGGAGAGAUCAGGUGAUGCGCCACAUCGAGGCCAAGAAGAUGGAAAAGAACGCCUUGUCUCGGUCCUAUAAUUCCAAUUACGCCCCGCUGAGCUGCUCCCACUACGGCAGCUCUCGGGACGUGCACCACUCAAGCAGCCAAGGCUCUCUGGUCUUUAGUGCUGCCGCAGACGGACGGCCUUAUGGAGCCCAGGGCCACUGUGAUGACGUGUUUGGACCUCAAGGGCAGCAGGGCUACACCAUGGACACCCUGCGACAAGUGCCUUCGUUGAACGGUCAGCUGGGCGGUCCGGUGCGUGGCCAGAUGACGUCGUGCCAGACGCCCAUGGCCCGCCACCCCUCCAGAGAGCAGCUCAUCGACUACCUGAUGCUCAAGGUCUCCCAUGGCCAGCAGCCCCAGGGGCCCCCUCCACCACGGGCCGACCAGGACACACUGCAGCAGGAGUUCCGGGUCAAAGUGGAGAAGAACCCAGAGCUUGGGUUCAGUAUAUCAGGAGGAGUAGGAGGACGGGGAAACCCUUUUCGUCCGGACGAUAAUGGCAUCUUUGUGACAAGGGUCCAGCCUGAGGGACCUGCCUCCAAGAUACUCCAGCCUGGAGACAAGAUCCUCCAGGCAAACGGAUAUAGCUUUGUGAACGUUGACCAUGGGAAUGCCGUGGCCCUGCUGAAGACAUUUCCCACCACUGUGGAUAUGAUCAUCGUCCGAGAGUUGGCGGCGUAGAGAGAGACAGACGGGACUGUGGAGAGACGACCUCCAAUCCUUCUUGUUUUUAUAUACAGAGGAGCCUGGUCUAUAAAUAGAAGAACUGAAGUGCUUUAUGGGGAAGAGAACCUUCUAGAGCUUUUGGGAUAACGGGGCCGAACCACUGCAUCAAGUGGACUUAGUGAGGGAGGAGAGGGACCUGGGGAGGGGGAGCAAACAUCUGGAAGCAUGCGUUGUCGACUUAGUCGUCUUAAAGAAGAAGUCACUGUGGGAUAGUCGGUUAUUUUUUUACACAGUGGUCGCAGCAGAGACGGCGUGUGCUCCAACGACACAGAGAUCAACAAAAAGUGCUUUCUGUAUCAUUUUUUUUUUAAAAGAAAAUAAUAUUCCUACAUCAUUCCGGAGUUGUAGUUGCUGUAGUUGAGCAUUAACUGUAGUUGACCACUAGAGGGCAGGGCUCCGUCUGUCUCUCUCUGCCCUCCUUUUUAAAUCAUGUAUUUUUUAUUUUAUUUAAUAGAUGCUGAGACCACUUAUUUGACCUAGGCGACAUUUGAUCUGGGGGACAAUGUUAUGUGCUUUCUCGUGGAGAUGAAUGUAGUGCUGGGUUGCGCUUUCAGAACGAUGUUUAAGAAUCCCCCUCCCCGCCUACUUGCAAUUGUGACAGUUUUCAACCAGGUCCUGUACAUGGUGGAUAGUUGAGAAGGACAAUUAAUUUGCUUCUGCCUCCAUAAAGCCUGUGAGCCACACACUGCAUACAUUUAUUAUAUACUGUCCGCAGUCUAGGAACAGUUUUAGUAGCCUCUGUCCAAUUUGUAAGUCGCUCUGGAUAAGAGCGUCUGCUAAAUGACUUAAAUGUAAAUGUAAAUGGAACCACUGGCUUGGAAUAUCCCUCACCUGAAAAGACCUGCCUGUGCCGUCACUGAACUGCUGACAGACGAGGACACUCACUCCGUCACUGAAUCAGCGACUCCGGUCGCUGACUACUUGGAUGCUGUAAAACACUCUUCGUAUGUGAAAUGGAAUUGGGACUGGGAUAUUGAACAGAUCAUGAUAGGCCCUGACUGUGGGGAAACUGACUGGGAGUAACAAUAUAGGAAUGUCUUUGCUUGGCCUAAAUUAGCCUAGCCAGGAUGUGGGAUAGUGGGUCAGGAGGGAUAGUGGUAAUGUCAGGUCACCAAAACAUGUGUUGAGACCAUGGUCAGGGUUUGGGGAGGUGCUGGUGGGAGUGACGCCCUAUUCCCCAAAGUGCGCUACAUACUAGUGGUGCACUAUAUACAAAGGAUAUAGGGUGUGAUUUGAGAUGCAGCCUGUCAGACUCCGCCCCUUCCACUCAAGACUCCGAGCAGGUUUAGGCCUGGUCUCUGGGCCCCUUCCACUCGUGUUGGUAAGAUUUUAAAGGGCUUCUCCCUCAACUCAGCCACUGGUGACUAGAAAACACUCACAAAACGGUUUGAGAUUAAAAAGGGGUUUAUGUCUGUCUAACAUAUUUUUGUUUAAGUGUGGGAAAACAACCAUAGUUUGCCUUUUUGUGUAUAAAAAUCAUAUUUUUUAGACAUCAAUCUAGGCUUUUCACUCUCUUUUUGUGUUGGGAUAGUGUUUCAUGCAUGGACUGUUUUUUCUCUACGCUAGGGGGGGAUUGAGCUGUUAAGUGCCAUAGACCUUGAACUGUUUGAACAAGGGGGUGGAGGGAGUGACUAUCCUGAGACCCAAGCAAUAUUCACAUAUUUCUCUUCACAACAAACUAAACGCUCUCUUCUUGAGUACACCCCGUGUGACUCGACACAAUGGUUUAAUAGCAAUAGUCAGCGGCUUUAUUUUCAUUCAGAAAGACAUCCAAUUGCAUUUUUUUUAGACCUAUAAAAGGGGAAAAAACACAAGAAGAAACCCUUUUAGUGAUGGCUGAUUGUUAUCCAUGAUUUUAUAUUGUAAAGAAUCUUUUCUAAUGAAAAAAAAAAACAUGGGGAGUUACAUUUUUAGCAAAGAAAGUCCAAUGUAAAAGUCUGCAUUGUAUAAUAGUGAAUGCUCUUGCGUCACUCAGCCCUAGGCUUACAUAUGAGUUGCAGGCUUUCCCAAACUUGACUGCUCGGAAAACUGUUCAAACCAACUGGUUACGUGUAUCUGUGCAAACAUUAAUAACUUUUACCCCAAUUAUAAAAUAAACUCAAUCCGAGCUGCAAAGUCAUUUGUAAUGUUUCUAAUUGAAUAGUGUCACAAGUUAUAAAAAUGCAUUUAAAACCUUUUACGCUUUGUCCACUUGGUGUAAUCAACAGUCUAUAGAUGUAUGUGUUGUUUGCAUGAAUUCACCCAAUGAAUUGUCUAUUUUGAAAAUUGAAUCCAUGAAACCUUUUUAGAAAUAUUUCCUAUAGAAAGCAAACGAUCCAAUUCAAAGAUCUCUACAAGUUAUUAUCCCACUGAACCUUUUUUGUAAAUCGAUUGUAAUGCAAACACUGAAUUGUGACAGAGCGUAUAUAAAGUACUUAUCAGAGAUUGAUCAUUGUUUUGGUUUUUCCCACACAUUUAAUGGCAAUGUCGUUAUCCAAAUCCUUCGCAAAUUCCAAAAGGUAUGCAUGUAAUUCAUUGUCACUUUAUGCGUACAGCUAAAGAUUAUACUCAUGUUACUGUCAACUUGUGACUCGAAUAGAAAACAUUGUCAAUGUUUGCUCCCCUUUUUUCCAUUUUGAAUUCCAACUGAACAUUGCUCCCAAAUGAAACUGUACCGUUUUUUUUUAAGCAACUGCAGACCCAGUGGCUCAUAACUGUAGAUAUUUGUCAUUGGUCAAUGUUAGCCUAGAGAGGUAACAUAUUGACUUAAGGUUUCUCUCCUGCAUUUCCCGCCUGCAAGAUUACUGUACAUCAUGUUUUAAAUUAGAACAUUGUAAUUAUGCUUGUGUGCUGUUUUGUUGUGGGCACUGUGUUAUUUUACUUUCUUUCUGGGAAUAGGAACAAUCUAAUGAGAUUUCUCGGGUCAAUGUCAUAUUUAGACCUUGUACAAUCUGGGACUAAAACCUAGGGGGUCACCUGUCUGCCAUAUCCAAGAUAAACUGGUCUUCUCUUCAUUCUCCCACCUUGUUUUAAUUUAUUUAACUCAGUCUCCUGUGACUUUUUAGACAUUACUAAUCAAAAUGUAAAUACUUUUAAAAAAGUUAAGAAAUCAAUUAAUCAUGGCAUUAGACACUCAGAGUUUGUAAAACCAGCAAUAAAUUGCAACGCAGACACAACCCGUUUCAUUGUAUAGCUAUUUCAAAGGUUUCUCUGGAAACGGCUACAGUAAGAUGAUUGAUAUGCAUUCAUUCAACAUUCCAGAUUUUGUAUAUAACAAUACUGUUUCUGAGUUAACCUGUGGAAAAUAAGAAAUAAACUAAUGCUCUUUACAAUA